GGGAGGAAAGAGAGAGAGAGCCUAAUAUGGUAUCAGUGGAGCCUCCAUAGAAUAUCCACAUCUGAUGCAUGGAAUGAGGAUUGAGAACAGAUCCAAUUAGUCAAUUUCUUGCUGCCCCGGAGACCAAAAUCUCACAGACAAAUUCAAAAUAAACCCACGCCCCAUCUCCAGCAAGUUGAGCAAGGGAAGACAAGACAACCCAUUUCCUCGGGACUCUCCUGCCCCCAUCUGGUGGGCUGAUUAAGUUGAGGGAAUAGUGGUGGUGGGUUAAUGGGAAUGGUCUUCAACACCCCCCAGCAAAUCUCUUCCCCACAGAGCACAGAGCUCGAAGACUACCCUCCCAUGAAGAACUCGUCCAGAAUUAAGCUCCGGGAUGGAAGGUAUCUCGCUUAUGCGGAGAGAGGUGUUCCCCGGCACGAGUCGAAGUACCAAAUCGUCAUCGUCCACGGCUUCGGCAGCUCGAAAGAAAUGAACUUUCCUGUCUCCCAGGAGCUGAUAGAAGAGUUGGGCAUAUAUUUCCUGUUGUUUGAUAGAGCCGGUUAUGGAGACAGUGACCUGAACAUGAAGAGAUCGGUUAAGAGCGAAGCUCUUGAUAUCGAAGAACUGGUGGACAAGCUAGAAUUGGGAUCUAAGUUUUAUGUGAUUGGUGUGUCAAUGGGAUCGUAUCCCACUUGGAGUUGCCUCAAAUACAUUCCUCACAGGCUAGCGGGUGUGGCACUAGUAGUCCCGAUCGUGAACUACUGGUGGCCUUCUCUUCCGAAGAGUCUAACGAAAUUGGACUUUCGGAAGAAACUCAUCCGCUGGACACUGAGAAUCGCGAGCCAUGCUCCUGGACUGCUACGGUGGUGGGUGAACAAGAAGUGUCUCCCUUCAAAUUCUGUCCUUGAGAGAGACCCCACUUUCUUCAACGAACAUGACAUGGAAGUUCUGAAGCACUCGAAAGGCUUCCCGAUGCUCACUCGGGAAAGGUUACGACAGCAGGAAGUAUUUGACACUCUUAGGACUGACUUCAUGGUCUGUUUCGGAAAGUGGGACUUCGACCCGAUGGAGAUGGGGGAUCCAUUCCCAGAGAGUCCUGAAAGCUCAGUUCACAUCUGGCAGGGCCAUGAAGACAAGGUGGUCCCAGUCGAACUCCAACAGUGCAUCUCAGAGAAACUACCGUGGAUCCAAUAUCAUGAGAUCCCCGAGGGAGGCCACUUGAUUGUGCACUACGAUGGCGUCUGCGACUCUAUCGUGAAGGCUCUUCUACUUGGUGAGGAGCCGCUUACAGAUACUCAAGACAGCAGUUGAUUGUACUGUACAUAGGGGUGUGAUUGUUACAGGUUUUCCGAAUUCCAUUCGUUUAUUGAAGAAUCAGAUUGAUUCUGUAAAAUGUACAUUACAUUGAAUUUGUUCUAUUGAAAACUCGGAAACUUCACUCGGUU